AUGGCCACUCACCAGCCCGGCCGCGCCACCCCGUCACCCCCUGCUGCCUGCACCCCCGCCACACCUCCCUGCUCCGCCGCUCGCCACACUGGCUCCGCCACGCUACUGCUGCCCCGCCGUACGCGCGCGGACGAAGCCGCCCCUGCCUACGGCUGCUACGUCCGUGGCCGCCGCUGCCCGUCCCCUGCCGCGGCUCUGCUCCGGCAAAGCCGCCGCACGCCGCCACUCGUCGCGCGCCCGCCGGCGCCCCACCGCCCCUGCACCGCCUCCGGCCUCGUCCGGCGACCGCCCGCUUCGCUAUGGCCUCGCCCCGCCGCACCCCCCUGCGGGCAACCGCACGCUGCGCCCGUGACCCACCGCCCGUUAGGGCCCCUGGCCCAAUGA